AUGAACGUUUGUACACCAAAUAUAUCAUGGCAUGGAUGCGAUCCAGUUUAUUCAUGUACAAUCAAUCCUGUCGAUUCAAAACGUUUAGCUACCGCUGGAAUGCGAGGUUCAAUUUAUCUUUGGGAUAUUGAAUGUCCAGCAGCUCAACAACCUACAAUAACAUUUAUAUCUUCAUUAACAGGUGCACAUUUAGAAUCAGUAAAUUGUAUUCGAUGGAAUUCUAAAGGAACACAUUUAGCAAGUGGUAGUGAUGAUGGUAAUAUAUUUAUUUGGACAAAAGCACCAACAAUGACAAUUGAUUCAAAUGUAAUUCUAUUAACAAAAACAAAUCAAUCAACAACAACGACAUCAACAACAACAGCAACAACAACUACAACAAAUGAUAAUGAUAAUAUUCUUGGUUGGGAUAAAGAUGUACCUGAAUCAAAAGAACGUUGGCUUAAAAGUUUACCGUAUAAAAGUCAUUUAGAACCUGUAUUAGAUUUAGCAUGGUCAAGAGAUGAUCAAUUACUUGUUAGUGGUUCUGUUGACAAAAAAGUUAUUGUUUGGAAUGUUAGUAAACGUGAAAAAAUCUCUAUUUUGGAUGAUCCAAAAGGUUUUGUUCAAGGUGUUGCUAUUCAUCCAUGGCGUAAACAUAUUGCAGCAAUGAGUACGGAUCGUUCAUUACGUAUUUAUGCAAUGAAAGCUGAAACUGGUUUAAUAUCUCGAUGUUUAUAUAAUAUACGUAAAAUAAAACCAGCAAAUAUCAAACAAGAAAAUGGUGCAUUAAUGUUUAUUGAUGAAACAUCUUUAACAUUUUUUCGACGUUGUGCUUAUUUACCUGAUGGUAGUCAAUUAAUUGUUUCAGGUGGAUGUUUAGAUAAAGCAUUUUUGGAUGCAUACAAUAAUGAAGAAAAUAUUGAACAACCAAAAGAAGAAAUAAAUACUCAAAAAAAUGAUAUAGAUGAUCCUGAUAUACAAAUUAUACAAGAUAAUGGAGUAAAUGAAGAAAAAGCUAGUGCAGCACCAUUACCUGCCAAAUUAAUUGAUAUCAAUUGUGCUUACGUAUUCUCAACAUCUGGUCCAAAAUUUGAUCGACCCUUAUCAAUAUUACCCAUUAUGAAUGAUCAAGAGGUUAUAGCUAUUUCUGUAUGUCCUUCAUUAUUUCCAUCAACAUCAACUGUUGCACCAUAUCGAAUGCUUUUUGCAUUGAUUACAAAGACAUCUCUAUUCUUUUAUGAUCAGUUAUCCUUAGAACCAUUUGCGUAUGCACGUCGUAUUCAUCUCCUAUCACUAACAGAUGGUUGUUGGUCACAUGAUGGUCAUCUUUUUGUUGCAUCGUCUGAAGAUGGUUAUUUAACAUUUGUUACAUUUACUGAUCAAUGUCUUGGUGGUCCUUGUUUACCUGAUUCAGAUAAAAUCUUAGAUGAUAUGAUGAAUAAUGCAUUGACGCCACCAGCAACAACAACGCUCGCAACAGUAACAGGAACAACUACGACAACAACAAUGACGACAGCGGUAUCACAAAAGAAAAAAUGA